AUCCGGCCGUUCAACAUGGACGAUGGCCUGGGUCUUGAUUCUGUCACUCUGGGCCUCUAUCGCCCAGAGCAUGAGGUCCGAUCAAAUCAGGGAGCUAAGGUAUGUCUUCGACCUUUCUUUAAGCCAAUUUGAGCUCCCCCCCCCCCCUUCCCGCGACAACUCUCUUUUUAUUUACAAUGUAUUGGGCCUCUUCGGAAUAUCUAGGAUCGAGACAGAGCAUAUGUUCUACCACGGGUUCGAAAAUUACCUUGAACACGCCUUUCCUGAAGAUGAACUCCGUCCUCUCUCGUGCCGUCCGCUUGUCCGCGAUCGAAAUAACCCUGCGCGCGCGGAACUCAAUGACGUUCUGGGGAAUUACUCCUUGACUUUGAUUGAUAGCUUGUCCUCCCUGGCGAUUCUUUCGUCGAGUCCGGAAGGUGGCCAGAAGGCUUGGGGGUAUUUUCAGGAUGGGGUUAAGGAUUUCGUGACGCUUUAUGGCGAUGGCUCUGAUGGACCAGCCGGCCAGGGUGAAAGAGGCCGAGGGUUUGAUAUCGAUAGCAAAGUUCAGGUGUUUGAGACUGUAAUUCGAGGAUUGGGCGGACUACUCAGUGCGCACCUUUUCGCUGUCGGUGAACUUCCUAUCUCCCGCUACAAUCCCCCCGAUGCAGAGGCGACAUUUGCGAAGGCCUGGGAUAAAGCAUCUUUUGCCAGGGGCCAAAAGGGCAUUAAAUGGGGCAAUGGUUUUGUAUAUGAUGGCCAGCUCCUUCGUCUUGCAGUUGACCUGGCCAAUCGCAUCCUACCCGCCUUUUACACCGACACUGGUCUCCCAUAUCCUCGCGUAAAUCUGCGAUAUGGUGUGCAUCGACAGCCUUUCUACGCAAACUCGCCAUUGAAUGCAGAUAUAAUGCACACGUGCGAUGGAAUUGAUUAUGAAACAUGUCGGGCAGCACGCCGGUCCUCCUCACCAGAAAUCACAGAGACAUGCAGCGCAGGCGCAGGCAGUCUAGUUCUAGAAUUCACGGUUUUGAGCAGGCUCACCGGAGAUGGUCGAUAUGAGGAAUUGGCCAAGAGGGCAUUUUGGGCGGUUUGGAAUCGCAGAAGCGAUAUCGGAUUGAUUGGUGCAGGUAUUGAUGCGGAGUCUGGUAAAUGGAUAGCUCCUUAUACUGGUAUCGGGGCAGGAAUUGACAGCUUUUUUGAAUAUGCUUUCAAAUCGUAUGUCCUGCUUUCCUCUGGGGAGCGCCCCGAGCACGAUCCCAAGAGCCGGUGGCGUGUUCUGGAUGACUUCUUCCUUCCACUAAGCGAGUACGAGCAUUCACCAGACGCGUUCUUGCAGGUAUGGGAGGAUUCGCACGAGUCGAUCAAACGUCACCUGUAUCGGGGAGAGGGCUACCAACACCCCCAUCUAAUCCAAGGUGACAUUUUUACGGGUGCAACUCGAGCUUUUUGGAUUGAUAGUCUAAGCGCUUUCUAUCCGGGCCUUCUCACAUUAGCUGGAGAGUUAGACGAAGCUAUAGGGAUCCAUCUUCUCACCACGGCCGUCUGGAAUCGUUUCUCUGGCCUCCCUGAGAGAUGGAAUGUUGCCACAGGAAACAUCGAAGGAAAUCUCGGGUGGUACGGUGGUCGUCCCGAGUUUAUUGAGUCUACCUACUAUCUCUACCAAGCCACCAAGGAUCCUUGGUAUUUGCAUGUGGGGGAGAUGGUUCUGCGGGAUAUCAAACGUCGUUGCUGGACCAAGUGCGGCUGGGCUGGCCUUCAAGAUGUCCUGAAUGGGGAGUUAAGUGACCGUAUGGAAAGCUUCUUCCUUGGAGAAACAGCCAAGUACAUGUUCUUGCUCUACCAUCCCGAUCACCCUUUGAAUAGCCUGGAUCGACCGUUCGUCUUUUCGACCGAGGGUCACCCGUUGAUCAUCCCGAAGAGUAAAAUCCCCCAACGGCGUCCGCAUAAGAACGAGAUGGUAUACGAAUUUGAAGAGAGAGAAGCGCUCGUCUGCCCAACGCCGCCCUUGCCACCUACAUUUGGUCUAUCAUCAACUGCUGCACGUCCCGAUGUUUUCCAUGCUGCGAAUUUGGCCCGCCUGGAUUUGAUGCCUAAUCGAGCACCGCCGGAGAGUCCUUUGGAGGACGUUGCGAAAGAUCGGGCGGGAGUGUCGGUGGCAGAUGUGACCUCCCCCACCAAUUAUACAUUCUUCCCUUGGACAUUACCCGCUGAAUUGGUACCAUUUAACGCGACGAGUUCACUCAUGUCCGUGCGCCCUACAAUGGACAUAUCCUUCCCUGCUCUCCCCGGCAUGACUAUUGGGCCCGGCUCGUUGGAGAGGGUUCGAGACGGAAUCCUUGUGAAAGCUAUUGGUGGUCUGCGCAUGAGCAUGAUCAAGGACGCUCCCUCGCGUGAUCCGAUUGUGAACGCCGAGGGAGGCGAAUUCCGGGUGCAGGUGGUCAACAACGUACCCCUUGGAAAGGAUGAGAAGGUAUACCUCUUGCGGGAGAUCACAUUUGAUGUCCUAGAUCCCGUGGACCCGAAUUUCACGCGGGUCCGCGAUCCCGGCAUGAUUGAUCUGGUCAUUGAUGUUCUCCCAGAUACCUUCCACCGACGAAAUGAUUCUCAUGAUCGUCGAGAAUCUGCUAGGGCUGGAGAUGGAGGGCAGCAGCCGAUUAUCCAAGCGGGAUCAUCCUCCGACGGCGAUAAAGCGGCGCGAUUAGAACACUCCGGUUCGAGCAUGAAGGAUGUCUUGUCGUCGCUCGUUAGUUCUGUGUCGUCACUCCUCCGGGAUGACGCGCAGGUUUCGACGGGACCAACUGUCACCAAGAAAACGCGUCCCAUUCGACUUCCCAUUCCUGCAGCUAUGGCGACGGGGUUGGGGUCCGCUCCUCUUCCAGAUGUCGGUGACUCCUCUCUGCUAUCGGUUAACAGCCACACAUCGCCAGAGCGAUUGCCUUGGUCUACAAUCUACAUGGCCGAGGAUAUUUGCGACCAACGCAUCCUCCGGGACGUCGCGCAGUCUCACCAGGUGCUAGUAGUCAAGCGUGGGGGUUGUAACUUCUCACAGAAACUGCGCAACAUCGCCGCAUUCCCGCCGUCACGGAGCUCUCUCAACCUCGUCAUUGUGGUCUCCUACGAAGAGGAACUCGAACCACUGCACGGCCCCAAUCUGGCCCCGGGGCUUGCGGGGAUACUAUCAGAGCCAUCCCUUGUCCGUCCGCAACUCGACGAGACCCAAAUGACUGCAGGUGGAAUUCCCCGACGACACCUACUUAGUAUGGUGAUGGUAGGCGGGGGCGAACAGACAUACGAGCUUCUGCGGCAAGCGAUAGGCGUGGGCAUCAAGCGACGGUACUCGAUGCGCUCGCAGGGCGUCCCGAUCAGUAAUUUAAUCAUGGUUUAGAGUUGAAUAUAGUAAAUAGCAAUGAGACAUAUAUAUAUAUAUACCUUGUACG